CAUUGAGAUUUAAACCUCGGAUUGAGAAGUAUCCUAUUUAAGUCGAGCAGUUAUCAGUUAUAAAGUGUAGACUUUUGUGUUAUAAAAACGCGCGAUGAGAGAUCACGCCACCUCGCAAUGGUUCAUUCACCCUGCUUGGUGACCCCAUGCUGAGGUAUUUCGGGGCUAGUGAGUCGAGCGGAGCUGCGGCGUCUGUCUAGUUGACAAGUUUGUGAUUAUGAAGGGGAGAGAAACCAUGUCUUGGGCCAACUUCAGUUCCUCUUCAAAUUCUGCAGGAAAUUAAUUCAAGGCUUUGGGGUGACGUUUCCUCCAGGAUUUUGGAUCUGCUUGGUUCAAACCUCACCUGAGCCCAGGUAGUUUUGGAAUGCAGUGCCAGGAACGUGGAGGGGGCGGGACCAAACGGGCAAGGGCGUGACUGGACCGGCAGAGAUUGAUGCGCAGACGGAUAAUACAAGACGGGCAGAGAUGGCACGCAACGUGAACUUUGACCUGGAUCCACACCGCCUGGAGGCCUGUCUAGAGAGCCCAGUAGAUGAGGUUGGGCUCCAUAACUCCUUUAGUCAGCUGUUAAUGGAGGAGGAGAGCCAGGAAGCCAUCGAGCUGCUGGAGCGACAGAAUGAACUGGAUGAGGAGGAACGAGACCGCGUGGACGACCUGUCCAGUCCAGAUGAGGAGAUAUGGCGUAGGAGAGAGGAUGUGGAGGGGGAGGAGGAGGGCAGGAGGCUGUUAGACCUCCCUACGGAAGAACGCUGGUCCUCAGCCACCCUCCGAGUUCUCUCCUCCAUGCCCAGCCGCACCAUCGGUCGUAGCCGAGGAGCCAUCAUCUCCCAGUACUACAACAGGACCAUGCAGCUGAGGAGGCGCCGGCAGAGCAAGCCCUCCGCCGGACACUUCUCCCGGUCCGCACGGCCCAGCAUCUGUGGUUACGGCGUGGAAACCGACGACGUCACGGAUGGAGACAGAAAUAAGCGGGACCACCUGGUCAACAACCUCCAGAACCUGCCUGCCAGCGACCGAGUCCGGAUGCUUCGAGCCAUGCCUCUGUCUGUGGCGGAGAAGAACGACCUCCGGCAGUUGGUCGGUCAGCGGAUUCAACGCUCAAAUCACAGUCAGAGAUCCUGCUGCAGCCAUCUCAAAUUGAACAUCAUCAUCGCUCUGAGACAUAGCUGGUACAGCUGGCUGUCCUUUCUGAACUCUCUGCAGCUGUGGCAGGUGGCGCUGAAGAAGGUGAGCGGUCGCUUCGGCACGGGUGUCCUGUCCUACUUCCUGUUUGUCAAGACCCUCCUCUUCUUCAACCUCUUCCUCUUCCUGGUCACGGGUUUGUUCCUGGCGCUGCCGCAGGCUAUCCACCCGCCCAGCGUACCCCCGGGCCGAGUGUCCUUCUCUGGGCUGGAGCUUCUCACCGGAGGGGGCUAUUUCUCAGAGUCGGUGAUGUAUUAUGGUUACUAUAGUAACUACACAGUGACUAGAAACUGCAGCAGUAGUAACAGCAGCGUAAUCAAGACAUCCCAGCCCAGCCACUCUCUGUCCAGCAGGACCAUGGAGCCCCACUGUCACAAUAACAUCAAGCUGUCCUAUAACAUUCCCCUGGCCUACUUCUUCACCAUUGGAAUGGCCUUCUUCAUCACCUGCAUCAUCCUCGUCUACAGCAUGUCCAAGUCGUUUGGUCGGAGUUUCCGCAUUGACAAGUCCCACGGGAUCCUGGCCAUGAAGGUGUUCUGCUCCUGGGACUUCAAGGUCAUCAAGAAGGCCUCGGUCAAACUGCGCUCUGAGAACAUCUCGACCCAGCUGAAGGAAUUGCUGGCGGAGACGAAUCAAAAGCCGGGCCAGAAGUCGGUGUGCCAGAAGGCGGGUCGCGUGACGGUGCACGGCGUGGCAUGGCUCAUCUGUGUGGGUGGUGUUCUGGGCUGCGUCCUGGCCAUACACUUCUUCUCUGAACACAUGUACCAGGACAUGCAGAGCCGGGUCAACAGUACCGGGCCGGGGAGCCCGUUGGUGACGGAGGCCAGCCUGUUGGCACUGCCCGUGGUGGUGUCCCUGUUCAACCUGUUGCUGCCUGGCCUCUUCAACGCCGCCGCCUGGAUGGAGGAGUACGACUCGCCCAGCGUGCGCGCCUACGUCUCCAUCAGCAGAAACCUGAUGUUGAAGACUAGUGUUCUGGGGGUUCUGUGUUAUCGCUGGCUGGGCCGCAUCGCCGCAGAACCGGAGAAAGUCGGCCUGAAUUGCUGGGAGACGUUUGUAGGACAGGAACUCUACCGCUUCCUGCUCAUGGACUUCAUCUUCACCAUCCUGGACACCUUCUUCGGGGAGUUCCUUUGGAGGUUGUUCUCUCAGAAGGCGCUGAAGAGGAAGAGAAAGCCAGUGUUUGACAUCGCCAGGAAUGUUCUGGAACUCAUCUACGGACAGACACUGGCGUGGUUGGGUGUUCUGUUCAGCCCCCUGCUUCCAGCCGUUCAGAUCAUCAAACUGCUGCUCCUGUUCUACAUCAAACAGGCCAGUGUGAUGAUGAACUGUCAGUCUCCCAGGAAACCCUACAGAGCCAGUCAGAUGACCACCAUCUUCAUCACCCUGCUCUGCUUCCCUUCCUUCCUGGGGGCCGCAGUGUGUGUUACGUACACCAUGUGGAGCAUCCGUCCAUCGCUGUCCUGCGGCCCGUUCCGCAGCCUCGCCAACAUGUGUCAGUCUGGGAAGCUGUGGGUGCAGGAGCUGGAGAGUCACAACCCCAACCUGUCCUGGCUGACCUGGGCCCACAGCUACCUGGUGGAGAACCCGCUCUUCCUCUUCCUGGCCGCAGGGGCAUUCAUGAUAGUCAUCUACUUCCACAGUCAGGUGGUGGACGGACAGAGGAAGAUCAUCAGUCUGCUUCAGGAGCAGAUCGAGAACGAAGGUGAGGAUAAGAAGUUCCUGAUCACUCGUCUCCAGGCCAUCCAUGAGCAGAAACGGCCCAUUUCUCGUCGCAAACUUACCAGCCAAGUCAGUCAGGAUUCCAACUGCUAGCAGCACAUCUCCUGAAACAGGAAGGACACCCAUCCCUUUCCAUGGAGAAAAUAUCCGGAAAUAUAUUUUAUGAAUGGCAUUGGGGAAUAACUGGAUAUAGACUUCCUCCUUUAGGGAAUUCUUCAACUGGAAAACUAUUGACAUAGACUCCAUGCUGUUUACUAGCAACAAGGGUUGGGAUUAGGAAUGGGCCUGUUCAGGAAUUUCCUUAUUUUUUAAAUGUUUUUACAAUAACUAAUCCAACACGGGACUAAACAGGAAUUUAAUUAUAUCAAUCCUCUGGGAGUCUGGUACUUUUUAAGUGUAAAUAUUUGCUUUUUUACAAUAAAUCCAACCGACAAAAUAGGAUGUCCCUCUCCCAACAACAAGGAACACCGUGGGAACGAGCAACUAACAUCAUAUCAACAUGUUAUACUCUGAAGAGGAGCAACUAACUUCAUAUCAACAUGUUAUACUCUGAAGAGGAGCAACUAACUUCAUAUCAACAUGUUAUACUCUGAAGAGGAGCAACUAACUUCAUAUCAACAUUUUAUACUCUGAGAACAACACACUGUUGUUGUUUUUUUUAACUCAGUAUUUUCAGCCGCCAAUAACUUUGUCUCUGUAGAUGACUUGAAUUAGAACUGAGAAAACAGAUUUCUGUAAGGACAUGAGAUUGUAGGGAAUGAUUAAAUGUGUUUUUUCUGUACACUUUUACUCAACGGGAUAAAGAACUGGGCAAGUAGCCAUAUUUUAAUAAGCUUCUGUGUGUGAACAGCGUUAUGUCUGUGACAUAUGGGAUUUGUACUUUUUUUAAGAUCUCAUGUUUUUUUAUUUUCUUAAUUUUGUAAUUUUUUAAUAGUUCAGUUCUUGGCUCUCAAACAGCACUUUUAUACCAACUGUGAACAAACAGGUUAUUUUACAUGUACGAUACCGUUUUCUGUCUCAUCUCUCCAUAUCAUAAAUGGCACACUACACACUUUGUAGUGCAUAACCUGAACAACUGUGGUCCAGAGUGAUACACUGGGUAGUGAAUAGGCUGCCGUUGGGGACACACACUUACUGUUGUCAUAGGAGGAAGCCACCUCUUAGUAUCAGGCAAUCGGAUUGGUUCGUUUAAGCAGGAAAACAGUCUGAGGACCAACCACCUUAGGUUAUUAAAUUGUUGUUUUAUUGUUUUUCUCACAUUAUAUGUCAUUAAAUUAUGUUUUACCAUA